UUUAGUGGCAGUGGACGCUAUCUGCUGUCUGUUCUGACUGACAGGCCUGAGAUUUGGGCAGUCAAGCAUGCUUGCUGCGGUCAUCUUUUUCAAGAUUAUUGGAGUAUGUUUCGCAAAGAAAAUAUUGCUUAACAAAUGUCAAGAUUGCCAGCUGAAGUGCUCUUGAUAGCCACCGGAGGGCACUCCAUACACCAAGCUCUGGUGGCCAAGGAGCUUGGCCCACCACAGUCACCUGCAUUUCCUGUUAUAAUGGUCGUUAGUCCUGCGCUUUCAGCACCUUCCUGUCCUGUGGUUCCUAUACCAGAGCCAGUUCACAACAUGGAUGCCGCAGCAGAGCCAGUUCACAAGAUGGCCGCCAGUCCAGAGCCUCUCCACAAGAUGGCCGCCAGUCCAGAACCUCUCCACAAGAUGGCCGCCAGUCCAGAGCCUCUCCACAAGAUGGCCGCCAGUCCAGAACCUCUCCACAAGAUGGCCGCCAGUCCAGAGCCUCUCCACAAGAUGGCCGCCAGUCCAGAACCUCUCCACAAGAUGGCCGCCAGUCCAGAGCCUCUCCACAAGAUGGCCGCCACACCAGAGUCUCCAGCCGUCAUGGACAUCAUGCCAGAGUCUCCAGCCGUCAUGGACAUCAUGCCAGAGUCUUCAGCCUUCAUGGACGUCACAUCAGUGUUCCCGGCCGUCAAGAACAUUCCACCUGAAGCUAAUAAGGCAGUGCCCAGGAAACCGAUACUGAUGUCCAGUGUGGCGGAUCCACCACUAAUGUCGGUGCAAGCGGCAGGCAUCCCAGUGGUUUCAGCACUCUCAAGCCCGGUGAUCUCAUAGGUUCUGCCACCCUCCACUGCCCUUCCAGUAAUGGCCGUCGCCAUUUUGUGUGUCUGGGCUAGACACACUUCUGACGCUGUGGCGACACUCCAGUCCACGAGUCCAUUCCACAGCCUGCUCCAGUCCUUGAAUCAGCGCCAGAAUCCACUCAAGCCCCAGAGCUCAGUCCUGUGUUGGGGCCAGCCUGUGAGUUCCCUGCCUGUCCUGUCUCAACCACAGAACCCAGGUAGCCAAAACGGUUUGGCCCGAUGAUGGCCCAGAUCCGGCAGGCCGGAUGAAAUAACUCGGCCCAGCUGUGGUUGCCAGAGUCGGCAUGGACAUGGGAUGAAUGACGCCCCAAAAUCGGCCCAAAUACACUGGCCCGAGUCCGGCUGCCAAAACUGCCGGUAUUGGGCCACAAUCACGCCGACAAGAAUUGACACACUUAGCCGGUACUGGCCAAAGUCUGGGUACUAAAACUGAGUCAACACCACCGGCAUUGGGCCACAAUCACACCGACGAUAAAUUAAACACUUAGCCA